GUUAACGAGAUGUCUGGUCGUGGCAAGGGCGGAAAGGGGCUGGGUAAGGGGGGCGCUAAGAGGCACCGCAAGGUUUUACGCGAUAACAUCCAGGGUAUUACGAAGCCUGCGAUCCGCCGCUUGGCUCGCCGCGGUGGGGUGAAGCGCAUCUCGGGGCUGAUCUACGAAGAGACCCGCGGGGUGCUGAAAGUUUUCCUGGAGAACGUGAUCCGCGAUGCGGUGACCUACACCGAGCACGCCAAGCGGAAGACGGUGACGGCCAUGGAUGUGGUGUACGCGCUGAAACGCCAGGGGCGCACCCUGUACGGCUUCGGGGGCUGAGUCGGCUUUUAACCCCCUACACACUCUUAUUUCACCAAGGCCCUUUUAAGGGCCACC